GGAUAUUCGUAUACCCGGUACUACAAAGCUCUGAUAUUGAGGAAGAUGGAACAUGCCUUUGCGCCUGGCGACCCAGUCUUGGAGCUUGCUGCAAUGUCCAAGAGUGAAGACGGCCAUCGCGAACACUGGAUAAUCCGUGACGAGCAGGCAAAACUCGACGCAAUCGUCUCCGGUGAGCUCCGAGGUCAAUAUUAUCUACUAGUGGGCGAGAAAGGAACCGGGAAAAGCUCUAUGCUUAUUGAUGCCAUGGCUAAGAUAGACGGCGAGGGAGUGGCCAUGUUCGAUUGUCAUUCUGACUUGGAAAUCUUCCGCGUACGUCUGGGUAAAGCUCUCGAUUUCGAGUAUCACGAAGACAAUAUUGGGUCGCUCUUUUCGAUUCGUGGGCCUCGCGAUGCCUCUGCUUUACUCGACAUAGAGAGAGCAUUCAACAAACUGGAAAAGGUGGCGUUACGUCGAAGAGCAACUGUUGGGCGGCCAUUGAUCAUUAUCAUUAAUAACAUGCACUUGUUGCGAGAUGAUGAAGACGGGCGUGAUCUUCUUGAAUUGCUGCAGCAGAGAGCUGAACAAUGGGCUGCUAGCAACCUGGCCACAAUAAUUUUCAAUAGUGACGACUACUGGGUCUAUGAGAGGCUGAAGCAAUUGGCCACACGCAUGGUCGUGAUGCCUGUCCCAGAUCUGCCCCGGGACAAAGCAAUAAUGGCCUUGCGGAACUAUCGUGCAAGAUAUCACGGCGAUAAAGUCCUCGACUCCGAGAUCCUAGAACAGGUCUACCAAAAAGUCGGAGGGAGACUAGCUUUCCUCAAUCGAGUCGCCAAAUCCCCGAACAUGCUCCAAACAUGCGAGGACAUCUGCCGAGCAGAAAAGACCUGGCUCCUGUCGCAAACCUGGAUUUUGGGUGAAGAGAUGGAUGAUGAUGUUAUGGAUCAGCAGAAAUAUGCGUCAGCUGCGAUGGUGUUGGCAAAAGCUUUGGUGGAAAAGGAGAAGGAAGACAACUUGGAGUACGAUGUUGAGAAGGGUCACAUGCUGCCAGAAAUACCCUUGCACAAAGCAAGACAGAUCAUGACCCGUGCCGACUUCAUUCAAAGUUACGAUGCCAUCAACAUAUUCACCAUUGACAGCAAAGCUAUGGUAAGGGCCGACUCUGUGCCCAUGAUGAAUGCAUUCCGAGAGAUCUGCGCCCUCGAGGGCUUCGACGAAUACCUGGAGGCAACUCUAGAUCGUAUCUCAGCCAUCGAAAGCUUGGGACGUACACGCGAGCUUACGAUCAAGGAUCUAUGGGUGAGUCCGUCUGAAUAUAUCGUACCAAUCAAGCUCUGA